AUGAAUCAGAACGAUUCCGGAGGCACGAAAGAUCUGCCCGCGGGCGCGGUCAAACUGGGAGCAACUCUCAAUCAAGGAGAGGAUAUACCCCCGGCCAACUCUCCGGCGACCUCAAUCUCCUCUAUGAUCAGCGAGCAGUCAGAAGCCUUCCGCAACUCUCCGUGAGUCACAUUCCCAAAACAUUCACCACGCAAACAUUUCUUUACAGAUAUUUUGCUCAAUCUCCACUCAGCUCUUCCGUCUUCCAACGUCCAGAUCUCUCGUCUUCGGAACAGGACCGUCCAAUGUCCUACCCAUCCAUUUCUUUCAGCACAAACGUGCCAGAUUCUGAAUGUUCGAGUCGCAGCAGUGUUGAUGGGUUCAACCUAAGAGACACGACAUCGGAGAAAAUAAAACAGUUCCGGUGCGUCCACUUUUCGAGAUUGUUUGGUAAUCCGAUUUAUUUCAGUGAGCGGAGCAAGAGAUCGCCCAGCGGUUCGACCAGUGGAGAGGAUGAAGACUCGAAUGAGUCAGAUCUGACCCGGAAAGUUAGCAACAAAGUGAGCGCGCUGUUUCGACAGUUGCCAGUUGUUAAUCGAUUUCAAUUCCAGAGCGAUGAAAAGUUUGUCGUUCGAGCAAUCGACGCCCCUCGCGGACGAAUUGCAAAUAUAAGACGUGAAAGCAGCUGCUCGGUGGAUAGCGAGGUUCGUUUCUGUUCUCUGGACCUCCAGCUGACGUUGAAGUGUGGAAAUGACCCAUAACCUUGCAGGCGGCUCACGAAAGACUAAUAAAAGCGUCGCAAGUAGUUUCCAGUGGAUUCGACGACAUGGCCAUCGAACCGGAGCGCUCGCCAAAUUCAGACUUUCGCCGAAGAACUCCAUCAUUUUCUACCGUGGUUGGAGAGCCAAUUAGCGUCGUUACCAACGCGUUUAUUCCGCAUAGCUGCUCGCCGAGUCCAACUCGUUUGCCAGCGGACCUUAUAAAGCAGUGCUAUUCGCCAUCCACACAGCAAAUGGUUCGACCCAAUAUCUCAUAUAGUCCGAGUCCAAGACCAAGCCCGGCUCAAAGCCCAACAAGACACGCGAAACUGAAGUUUGGAAGGUGACACUUGAAAAAAGUAAUGGUAAUCAAAUCUAACGUGCGAUCAGUUGCAGAAGUGUCUCGCCAAUAUGCAGAAAUCCUCGGCAGCCAAUCAAGAGGAAAAUUACGUUGGCAAGUCCUGGCGACUCGGAAAUCAAGCGUCUCUUCAUACCGAGAAGCAACACAUCGCCACUCGUCACCGACAAAACCUUUCCGUACCCGCAGUUCAAUUCGGGCUAUGAGUCAACCAGCGACUUCACAUCUUUCUCGUAAGGACAUCAAACGGUCCGGAGUUAUCAAUCACUCUGUUUGUUCUUUCAGCGUGCCGCACAGCCCCGGACCACUCAGAGCGAUGACUCCGUCGAGCUGCAUCUCGGCCAGCGAUCAGGACGAUAAUUCAAUGUGUGCGAGAGACGUCGAGGAGAAAGUGAGUCAAGUGGGCCAGGCAGGCGGCUGACACAGACCAUCUGCGCGCAUGAUUCUCGUCUUUUUCACUUUCCGCACCCCCUUCCGUCUUCCGCCUUCUUCAUUCUAAUUGAUGAAAAUAAAUUUCAGGCUAUCGAAGAAGACGAAGAAAUGAUCGGAGUGGAGGAAGACCCGAAGUUGGACGAGGAGCUUCUCGAAGCAGCUGCAGCUGCUCCACUUCCAGACGACGAUGACGAUUUCAGCUUCGACUGA